AUGACUGACUGCCACAAACUCAUCAACAACCUUAGAGGGAUUAACAACAAACCAAAUCCAACCAACCGCUCGUGCUUCACCAAGCCCCCGUUCAACAAGAGACUAGCCAACCGCUCGUGCUUCACCAAGCCCCCUUUCAACAAGAGACUAGCCAACCGCUCGUGCUUCACCAAGCCCCCUUUCAACAAGAGACUAGCCAAUCGCUCGUGCUUCACCAAGCCCCCUUUCAACAAGAGACUAGCCAACCGCUCGUGCUUCACCAAGCCCCCUUUCAACAAGAGACUAGCCAACCGCUCGUGCUUCACCAAGCCCCCUUUCAACAAGAGACUAGCCAACCGCUCGUGCUUCACCAAGCCCCCUUUCAACAAGAGACUAGCCAACCGCUCGUGCUUCACCAAGCCCCCUUUCAACAAGAGACUAGCCAACCGCUUGUGCUUCACCAAGCCCCCUUUCAACAAGAGACUAGGCAACCGCUCGUUCUUCACCAAGCCCCCUUUCAACAAGAGACUAGCCAACCGCUCGUGCUUCACCAAGCCCCCUUUCAACAAGAGACUAGCCAACCGCUCGUGCUUCACCAAGCCCCCUUUCAACAAGAGACUAGCCAACCGCUCGUGCUUCACCAAGCCCCCUUUCAACAAGAGACUAGCCAACCGCUCGUGCUUCACCAAGCCCCCUUUCAACAAGAGACUAGCCAACCGCUCGUUCUUCACCAAGCCCCCUUUCAACAAGAGACGAGCCAACCGCUCACUAGCCAACCGCUCGUGCUUCACCAAGCCCCCUUUCAACAAGAGACUAGCCAACCGCUCGUGCUUCACCAAGCCCCCUUUCAACAAGAGACUAGCCAACCGCUCGUGCUUCACCAAGCCCCCUUUCACCAAGAAACUAGCCAACCGCUCGUGCUUCACCAAGCCCCCUUUCAACAAGAGACUAGCCAACCGCUCGUGCUUCACCUAG